AUGGAAUUGUCCUACCUCUUGUACCUCACUCGGACCUCGUUGAGUCUGCCAAUGGAGCCAGGUUCGCCUAAGUUUAACGUGCCUUUGUGGCAGCCUUGGACUGCGCCCGCGCAAAAAGAAACACCAAGCACAGCAUCAAGCGGCGAGUCGGAAGGUGAUCGAACAGUCUCCCCGGAAACACCCCGGAGUCAACCGAAGGAGCUCACAGGAAAAUGGCGUAGAGAACGACGCAACACGAGGCUACCAGAAUAUAGACCAAGAGACAAUUGCAAAAUGGCGCUUCGGUCGCAGUCGUUCAACGAGAAGCGAUCGGCUCCAACAAUUGCGCGGACGCAACGACACAGCGAUGGCGAGUUCUCUGACGAAGCUGAUGAAGCACCAUCUAACCUUGCUUUCAAUGGAAAAGCACCACCAGAGUAUCCCGGAAAGACAGAAGCACCCAUCGAUAUGCGGCUAAGAUGUCGACCUGCUCCACCCUACACAAGACCUAGUGUCAUCAAGAGCAGUGAUCCUCCCCCAGAUUCCCUAUCUAUGUGCGACACAGUCAUAGAGGAACACUUCCGACGCUCUCUAGGCGACAACUACAUGAAUCUCAUCAAGAAGACCGCAGAAGUCCAACCCGGGCCCAAACCGAACACAAAAGACCGCGCAAGCAGUCCGAUCCAGUUCAAAACAGACGAACCGAAAGCAACAAAAGUUAUCGCUAUGGAAAUAGACGAUCCCAGUCUUUCAGUAGACGACCAUUUUGCGAAAGCGCUCGGCGACACCUGGCGGCAGUUACAGACAUCAAGGAACACAGAAGGCCAAACGUCCAGCAAAGGUGUCGAUGACCAUUUCAGUAAAGCUCUGGGUGACACGUGGAAGAAGAUACAGUCAAAGCAUGAAGUGGAGAAGAAAGAUCAAAAGAUUAUUACCAGGAGCGGUGUGGUCAUAUAA